AAGCUAUAUAUAGAAUUGAUAUCACUUGAAAGAAACUAUAAAAGUUAUCAUUUAACGCUAAAAUGGCUAAAUCUGACAGUUCACCUUUGACCCUAACAGCUGAUCACACAUGACCUGUAGUGACCCUAUCCUCCAGACGGAAAGCGAUUUCCACACACGCGACCAGAUUAUACUUCACCAAAAAACGACAAGAUUUCGUUCCGCUGAGAACCACGGCUUUUUGACAAGAUGCCAAAGGAAGAUCAAGAGGAGGAGCUGGAGGUCUUGCAGUCCAUCUAUGAGUCUGACGAGUGCUUCAAGGAGGUCAACAGCACAACAUUUCAGUAUAGAAUAGGAGAUGAGGGGGAGCAGAUGUCGUUCCUGUUAGAAGUGUCCUGGGGUGAAGACUACCCUGAAGUCACCCCUGAUAUCAGUCUGGAUGCCUUCUACAACAAUCAUAUACAUAGGGAAAUUAAAGAUGACAUUUUACAAAGACUAAAAAAACAGGCAGAAGAGAACCUGGGCCUUGCCAUGACGUUUACGUUGAUAGAGUGGGCCAAGGAGAACAGGGAGGACCUGAUGGCCAAACAGCUGGAGAUACUGGAGAAUAAGAGAAUAGAAGGAGAACAGAAGGCCCAGGAGAGCCCAGAGAGGCAGGUGGAACAGGUGACAGGCAAUAAGAAAGAGAAGAAGGAGCAGCUCACCAAGGCACAGAAGAGGAGAUUAGCUGACAGAACAGAUUAUAAAGGGGAGAGGCCGAGGGGCUGGGACUGGGUUGACGUGGUCAAACAUCUUAGCAAGACAGGAGGAGGCAAGCAGGAUGGCUGAGGGACUGCACAGCACAACUCUUUUACUCUCCAAGCAUAGGUUCAGCUCCGGCUGAUUUUCACAUGUUUUCUUGUGCUAUGAUGCCCAUUUCCUUCAUGUCUGCCUGACAAACCUCUACUGGCAGACAUGAAGAUAGCAGUGUAAAAUCGAAAGGCAGACAAAAAUGCCCGCCCGACCUCUGCUUGGAGAGUGCCACUAGUACUGUUGUACAUGGAGAAAGCCUGACAAAAUAGGAAGCCUGACAAAAACUCCGGACCUCUGCUUGGAGAGUGAAACUGUUGUACAUGGAGAAAGCACAUGCAGGAACUCUUCAACAGGUGGAAGGAUCUCCUUGCUUCAAGAGUCUAACUAAAGGUUUUAUAUGUUCAAGACAAAACUGUCCACUAAGUCUUUCAUGCAACUACAAAUAACAUAAGGUUCUAUAAUUAUUAUGAGGCUUUUUUCUCAUGUUGUAUGCAAGACUCGGUAUCAUAUUUAUUGUAACACCAGUAAAUUGAUUUUGCUUAUGAGGCAAUGAAAUUACUUGAAUAAUCUUAUAAUAUAGCAUAUUUUAGAUUUCUUUGUAGGAAAA